AUGGAUAAUGAUAUGGAAGAAAUUGAGCUGCAAGAAGGUGAAUGGGGUGAUGAUGAGGAUAGUGGAUGGGAAAAUGAUUUAGAUUUAGAACAAGAGAAAAAAUUGUUUGAUGACUUAACAUGUGGACCAAAAAGGAUUGGAAAUUACAAGGAUCUUACUAAUAAAGAGAAUUUAAUUGCCUUUAUUGG